AUGCCCUGGUUGGUGGAGUCCCAGCUUCCCAGGACCAGGACCAGGACCAGGAGAGACAGCAGAGAACCAGGCUGGGGUGAUGGUCGGUACAGUGGGUACCCCAAAGUGGGUGUUAGGCAGGUGCAAGGCAGUGUAAGGCAGCGGCUCAGGCCACCAACGGUAAUUGUUUUCUUUGGCUCAGUUUAUAUGUUUUUCCUCGGCAUUUGGGGCUUUGCUGUUCAUGGAAAUGAGGCCUUGCAUUUCAGCUGUGACCCAAACAAGAGAGAGGUUAAUAUUUUCUGUUACUAGUUCAAGCCUAUAACUCCCCAGGAAGAUAUCCACCAAAAGUCAUUCUACAUUGGUUUUUAUAUCUGCUCUGCUUUCUCAAGAAUUAUCGUUGAAGCUGUCAUGGCUUUUUGGUUUCAAAUUCAGCUCUUUGGUUUCAAAGUGAAUGCAAUCUACAUGUAUGAUGUGGGAGCACUUGAAAAAAAGUUUAACAUUACUUGGUAUGUAGGGCCAAAGCACUUUGAAAAGACCGUUUUUCUUAUUGCAAUGUACACAUUUACUAUGAUUACAGUGGUUUUUGUUGCCAAAAUUUUUGAGAUCUCAUGUAAAAGGCUAGGUUUCUUACGAACUCAGUGA